UGCACUUCUGCACUCAAACAAUCUGCUGGCCUUCUGGAAACCCUGUGUGCCACAAGCAAUAGGACUUCAAAAGUACAGAUGUAAUCAAGGAAUUGGUGUCUCUCGUAAUUUGACAAAUCACCAGGACAUAUGAAUGAAAUCGCAUCACAGACAACAGGGACAGAAAGAGACAGAACACGUCAUUGCAUCUGGAGGUUUCUGUCCUGCUCUAACCGUCAGAGUAUAAUGGUGGCUUUUAAAGGGAUCUGGACCAAAAGCUUCUGGAGGGCUGUGUCGGGAGAAUACCUGGCAAGCGUUGUCUUUGUGCUCCUUAGCCUGGGUUCCACUAUCAACUGGCAUGCAGGGGAGGAGAAUCCUCCCCCGAAUGACUUGGUGCUAAUCUCCCUUUGCUUUGGCCUCAGCAUUGCCACCAUGGUUCAAUGUUUUGGCCACAUCAGUGGUGGCCACAUAAACCCAGCUGUCUCUGCAGCAAUGGUUGUAUCUAGAAAACUGAGUCUGGCUAAAGGUGUGUUCUAUGUGGUGGCUCAGUGCCUGGGAGCCGUCACCGGAGCUGGGAUUCUCUAUGCAGUCACACCUGCAGAUGUUCGAGGAUAUCUCGGUGUGACAAUGGUGAGCUCCAAGAUCUCAUUAGGACACGCGCUUCUGGUGGAGCUUCUCAUCACGUUUGAGCUGGUCUUCACUAUAUUUGCCACUUGUGAUCCCAAACGCACAGACUUAAGUGGUUCAGCAAGCCUAGCUAUUGGAUUUGCAGUAGCUAUAGGACACUUAUUUGCAAUUCCUUACACAGGGGCCAGCAUGAACCCAGCUCGUUCCUUCGGGCCGGCAAUGGUCACACUUAACUUUGAGAACCACUGGGUGUACUGGCUGGGCCCCAUUCUAGGUGGAAUCUUGGCUGCAGCUUUGUAUGAAUACCUUUACUGCCCUGACCCUGAGGUGAAGAAGAGGCUGAAGCAAGUCUUUAAAAAAGAUUCAACAGGGAAGUACAAAGUGGUGGAAAAACCAGGCUCCGUCCAUAACAUCGAUCUGACAGAGAAAGUGGAAAAGAACGAUUCUUUCCAGGAGUCGUCCGGAGAAGUACUGUCUUCUGUAUGACUAUCACGUGCACUGGAAAUGGAGACAAAUUUGUAAAGAAGAAUGGCAAUCCAACUUUGCGGUAUCAAUCUCAAGCAAGUUGCCCAGCAGAAUUUAAUUUCUGUCAGACUCACAAGGCUGUAUUGCCUUCACUGUCAUAAAGUUAAUGCAUUACAGCUAAAUCCUCCAAAUAUCUGCAGUCGAUUCAAUACUCCUCCCUAGAAACCUUCUGAAUUAUUGUUUCUGCACACAAUGCACCCUGCUGAAAUGACAGCCUGCAAUGCAUUGUGAUAGGAAAAUAUGUGUCCAGGGGUUCAGCCAAUUAUGUGGGGUCAUCCCAUGUAUUGGAGGAGUGAGGAAGAAUAAGCAGCCUUGUUAUUUUUGGAUUAGUGUCACAUUUGUUCUGCCUUCUGAAUGUGUAAUAAAAGGCAGGAUUGUCCUUGUGAUCAUUAAGCACAUUACGGAUGAGAUGCAAUGUAAGACAGCUCUGACAAGGUACAUGAGCAGAGCUGUAUUAUAGAGCUCUCCAUUUUCAGUGCAUUAGUCAGGGAAACAGCUUGUUAUGGUUUCUGCAAGUUCAUCUCCACUUCCCUGUCAGCUACUGCAUGACUGUUUUCUGAUUUCUUUUCAUUGCAAUUCUUGUUAUUUUCUUUAUAGAUCAAAUGUAUUUUUUGUAGCAUCUUGUAUGACUUGUCAUGCAGAGACAAUUCUAGCAUGGAUGGGCAAGUACAUAUAUAUGAAACACCACACUUCAAGAAUAGAAAAAACAGCAACUUCAUCUGUUUAAUGGAUAUUUUGAACUUUAUAAAAAUAAGGAACUAACUGGUGAUAUUUUUUAAUAAAUCUCACAAGUUAGUUUAUUUAAUAAUUUACUUAAUAAAUAAAUGUAUCACUUAAUUUAUUAAUUAUCAAAUAAAUUGAUUGAUAACAUCAUAAAUUAAAUAGUGUUUUCACAAAUCUCUGUCAAGUGUCAAACUAUCCAAUUUAGGUCUGCUCAGGCCAGUUGUUCGGGAUGAUGAAAUGCAUCUUAGGCUCAUUCACAAAAAAAAAAAAAAUGUGAAUAACAGUAAACAACAUUCAAAAGAUAGUUUGCAAUAUUUUCUUGCAUGCAUUUUUUUCCAGAAAAUCAAUGUGUCCACUCCUCUUUUCCUAGACAUGCAGAUAAGAAAUAUAAAUCUUAUAAUGGAAGGAACUUGUAGAUAACUUCUUAUUAUUGUUAUUGCUCGUAUGAGUUACCACCAAGUGUUGUCCUUGGUGGUAACUCAUGUCACUCAUUAUGAAAUCUGCCACUGCACGCAUAAGCUGUUAUAUCACCUAAAUGUUUAAUUUAUAAAG